AUGGAAAAGGAGACGAAAAUGGAUGCCACGACGAGCAGUACCCGCAGCAGCGGCACGGUUCCAUCUUGCUCGGACAAUGAGUCGUCCGCUUCCGUCGGCUCUUGGAAACAGAACUUCUCGGUCCUGUGGGCCAAGAAGGACGACGAGCAGGUGAAGACGACGUACCAGCAGACGGACAAGACGGCUGCCAAGGAAAUUUUUUUGCAAUUAGCAGAGCGUCGUCGCACUCCUCAGGCACUAGCCCGGUCUGAUUCAGUUUGGGACUCUGUGGAUGAAGCUCUUCUAAAAAAGGCGCAUGAUAAGCUCCCCACUACUACCCCGGAAGACAUGUUUCGUCCCUCUGACUUUCGAUUACAGACCAAACUAGGUCAGGGUGGCUACGGCUGCGUCUACAAGGCCCUGCAUCUGCCUUCGGGUGGACACGUUGUGGCCUUGAAGGAAUUGACGGGCAAUACUAGCACUGUCGAAACAUUGGAUCACCGUACGUUGCCUUGGGAUUGUGGCGUGGUGCCCUGUUAUGGCACCUUUCGGGCGUUUAGCAUGCAUUUUAGCGAGCAGGAUGAUGAAGACGAUCACGACGAUCAUGACAAAAUCACCGCCAUUACCACCAAAGAAACAGCGGCAUUGGCCAAGGAUACCAGCAAGCUCAAAACGUGGCUCAUUCUACAAUACUGCCCACAAGGAUCGUUGGUCGAUCGUAUCUUGUCCGACAAGGGUGUUCUCUCCGAAAAGGAGGCCGGACGCAUGCUCAAACGCUUGGUCAAGACGCUGGUCUAUUUGAAAGAACACCAUGGCAUUGUGCACAAUGAUAUCAAGCCGGCCAAUCUAAUCUACUCUGAUGAGGAUGAUGGUACUCUCUUGCUCUGUGACUUUGGAGCGGCUCAAAAGGGACUCUGGCGGACGGAUCGCAUCGGAGGCACCUAUUCCUACAUGCCUCCUGAGAAACUGAGAGCCCGCAAAUUGGUGGGAUUUUUGACGCAUUAUUGCAACCACGAAAAGCACGACGUGUGGGCCUUGGGCGUCUCCUUAUUUGUGUCACUCUAUUGCAAACAUCCUUUCAAUUGCAAAGAUCUUGCCAAGUGUACCACCAUUACAUCGUCCGGACAAGAUGCCGCCAAAUUUUAUGAUCUGAUGGAAACCAAUUACGAUACCAUUCAAUAUCCACCGACGGCUCCCGCUUGCUCGGACGAGCUCAAGGAUCUCCUGCAAGGCAUGCUAACUCCGUAUUGUUUGGAACGCAUGUCACUGGAAAGCAUCAAAGAGCAUGCUUGGGUCCGUCGGGGAGGCAAGUCUCGACACAGUUUACUGCAGACUCUCAAAACCGCGCUUCGCUCGCGACGAAACAGCACGCAUAUCACAGAGGACCAAGCCUUUGCCAAGGUCCUCUGGCAAUCGACUGCCAGUCUCGAGGAAGAAACAACCGCCAAUUCGAGCAGUGGCACCAGGCAAGAUUCUCCUCGAACACGGCAAGCCUUCAGUCGUCAGCUCUCGAGCAGUGUCGAGGGCACUUGUUGA